GCCUCUCACUUGGGUAUGCCCUUGGAUUAUGUUUUGCUUGGCGGAUUGGUUUGCAUCUUCAAUCGCAACAACGGUUUCUACUUCAUGUGCCUCUAUGGUUUCAUUGCAUCGCACUUCUCCGGAAAGAUGUCACGCUUGGUGUUGAUAUGCGGCCCCAUCGUCUCCGUCGCCUGUGGAAUUUGGUGCGGCUUCCUCUUGGAUAUGGUGAUCGAGCCGUUUUUGCUGCUAUUGGGCAAGAAAGGAUAUGUGGCCAAGCCAUCCACAGCCACGGUAGCUCCACCCACAUCUGGAGAUGAGAAGUCAGCGAAGGCCAAGGGCAAAAAUUCCAAAGGAGAUAAAG